CUUCUCUGGUGUGUUUACAUCGUAAUGUUUACAAGUUUUCGAUGUUGUCAGGAAGAAAGAACGACAGGAGAAUAUAGUGUAGAAAAUGUACUGUUAAAUGGUUUCUGAUGUCAUUGUUUCCAGCCUACGCUGCAGACGCGACAGCGUCUGUCAAGCAACAUGAUGCAGACAAUGUCCCUAAAGUGAGAGAAACUGGUGAAUUGCCAUGGCUGCACGACAUAAAGGUUCCAGAAAUUCCUUUGCCUCAGCAGGAUAAAGAUUGUCGAGUUUCAUCAGAAACACAGUGUGAGACCAGGACAAAAGCCUUUGAAGACUGUAUUACUAAUUCUGCCAUAACUAAAGAUAUACAGUACGAGAAGAAAGAAAAGAAGUAUGGAAGGGAAACACAUUCUGAUAGCGUUACUUCAAAAAAGAAGGGGAAGAGGAAAUCUGGAAGUGAUUCUGAUACUAGUAAUGAAGCUUAUACACAUCACAGGAAAAAAAGGAGACACAAGGAGCAUCACACAGAAAAAAAUUAUUUUCGAAAAAAGAAGAAGAAAAAGUUGAAACGAAGAAGCAGAGAUGAGAGUCCAGUAUGUGCGAUUCCCAGCCAAGAAAAAACUGAAGAUUUUUAUGAGGAUAAAUGUCCAAACAAGGGAUUCUUAAAAGUUGAUACACUUUACAAACCAGCAGUCCCAGUUUAUAAGUGCAACCACCAUAAAGCACUGGGAAAACUACCAUCCCGUAAAGCAAAAAAGAGAAAUUAUCGCUAUUAUCUUUAUUGUCUUGAUGAAGAGAAUUCCCAAGCAGAAAAUUGGAAGGGGGUAUCAUCAUGUGAGAAACAAGAGAGUGAAAUCAUGAGCAAAACAGAGGAAUACAAUGUUGCUUUAACGAGAAAUCCAAAUGAUGUUGACAUGUGGAUUCAGUAUGUCAAUUACCAGGAAGUUGUACAUCAGUUUGAACGUGCAUAUCGUGGAGUACAUGGAAAGGGCACAAUGGCAGAACGGCAGUUAUCAAUCAUUGAUCGUGCCCUAGCCCUUAACCCAGGGAACAAACAGCUUGUACGAAAACGAGUUACAAUUGCGGAGUCUUCAUUGUCAGCUGAUGUAGCUUCUCGGCAGAUUGAAGCUCUUCUAAGCACGCAGCCUACCAGCAUUGAACUCUGGAGAGGGUUUGUACGUACAACACAGUGGAGCAUGGCAUUAUGUUCUGCUCCAGGUGUGCUGAAUCUGUACAUCAAAGCAACACAGCAGCUCCACCAGAGUAGACGUGGUGCUCCAGCAUCUCAAACACCACCAGCUGAAAGGGCCAUCAUUGAUUUGGUACUGGAUUGUGGAUUGUUCUUGAGGCAAGCAGGCCUGUGGGAACAUGUGUGGCUACUUGUACAAGCUUAUCUUACAUUGAACUUGAUAACACCCACAACAAAAUAUUUUGAGCUCAAGUCGGAUGUUUCUGAGGAUGAUGUAAUGACAGAAGAAAUGAAAGUUAUGAGAUCGCAGUUGCCAUUGAUGACUUUAUGGGCACGCGUUGAACGAAUCCGUGAAGAUGCUCAUUGGCUGCCUGUAUCUGACAGUGAGGAGUCUGAGGAUCCUCAGCGGCAUGUAACUGGGGAAGACAUUGCAGGGAUGGUCCAUCCUAUUACUGAACCUAUGCUGAAUUUCAGGCUCAUCGCUGUGUGCAUCUCACUUCUCAAGGUUCCUUUGCUACCUUGCCGUGAUUGCUGGGUGCGUUUGCUCGGUAUGGAUCAAGUGCCUUGGGCUGUGGAUGGCCCAGAGUGGUUUCUGCCAGUGUUGCAGCCACCUAGCCCACUGUGGAAACCACCUCCAGCCAAAAUACUUCAGAGUGUGUUGGAACUGGUGGGUGGGCCACAGUACUUGCUCACAACGCUUGGGCAACCUGUGUACUUAAAUAGUGUUUGCAGAAUCUUGCGGCUAGUUUCAGACAUUUUACCAGAACCAGCAGCUACAGCAUUUCUAGUAUGGUGGCUGAGAUUUGAGCGUCUAAUGGUGUCUUUGGAGCAGUCAGGGAUUUGCAAACUGCCAUCCAAUCAUCGUAAAUUACGGUCUUCAGUCAAAGAUAUCCUCAAACAAGAGCGAUAUCGGAAUAACCUCUCACUAUAUCGUGAAUUUGCCCUUCUUGAACUGGAUUUGGGCCACAAUGAUUCAGCGCAACGAAUCCUUUCAAAUGCUACUGAGGCUGCCUUCCCUGGCAUGCCAGUUGCUGGGGUACCAGGAAGCACCGAACGAGCAGCACUGAUUGCCCUCUACAGGUCGCUUUGUGAAGUACAUUUGGCUCGUGGAGACAAAGCAGGAGCUUUGGAAACUGUCCUGACACUUGCAUCAAACCGCAGUGCCAACUUGCAACUAUCAAUUACAGAAGCUGCUUCCAAGUUCGUCCAUAUUGGUGCUGAGUUGCUGAAUGAUUCUCCAUCUGGGGAUACAGACGGGAGUGAAAUUUUGUUGCCUGAUGCUGCUGUGGACUGGAUAACGUGCCAUGCUUGGAUGGUAUACCUCACAGAGUCACCAUUGGCAGCAACUGCUCUCUUUGAAAAACUGAUUCCAAAAUUUGAAGGCUCGGGAGACCUUGUAACAAAGGAGAGAUGUCGUGCAGAGGCUCUCUGGGAGAGCUAUAUCUGUAUGCUACAGUGGCAUUGCAGAAACACAACUUUUACAUUUUCUGUACUUCAAGAUGCUAUUAUUAGAGCCCUCGAGGUUUUCCCCAACAAUUUGCAUUUCUUGGCAAGUCUUGCUGAAUUGCAGAAUAUUGCAAGUACUGUGAGUGUAUCAUGGUGUCAUCUGACCAACUCAUUCGCCAGCUCUGAAUCUGUGCUCCCACAAGCAUUUCUCAUUCUUGAUCUGCUGCACAGGCAUAAUAAAGUUAAAGAAGCAAAUAUACAAGCAUUUCAAUUUCUGAGCGUUGGUGGACCUGUGGUAACUGAUCCCUGUGAGCAAAAUAGAUGUCUUGCAUUACUGGAACGUCUUCUGGUGGACCAAACGACAAAGCAUUGCCCUUUAUUAUGGCGCCUUAAAUUGAAGAUACAUCCAUCAGAAGAGACAUUUUAUAGGGCAGUUGAUGAGUGCCCAUGGGUUCGGGACAUUUAUCUCGAUGGAACAUUAAGUGUUCCAGAGAAAGCAGAUAAACUUCAGACUCUAAUGAUGGAAAAAGAGUUGCGGUAUCAUGUUUUACCUGAUGAACUUGAAGUUAUUCGGUCUGGAUUUGAAGCACUUGCUGGUCUAGUAAAACAUGAAGUAACUCACUAGUCCAGCUGAUCAAGAAUCAAGAGUACUCAUGAAACUAUCAAUAGACAAUUGAUAUUUGUACAGAUGUCUUUUUUUGUAAAGUUUCCUAUUAUUGAGCUGCUCACAUUCCUAAAAUCAAAUGUAAUUACAUCCAGCAAUUAUUUAUUAAGUCAUGUUAAUGUAAGAGUAAACAUCAUAUGUAAAUAAAUUGUUGUUCAAAGAAAAUAAAAUGGCUGGAAAUGACACUUAAAUAAAAAGUUGUACAGAUACUUUAAAUGCCAUGAAAGCUGAAUGCUACUAUGUUUUUGUGAAGACAGUGGCUUGAAAUUGUUGGUCCAACUGCUCAAUCAUCUUCAUGUUAUGCAAUUGGUGUUUCAAUGUGUGUCGCCAGCUACUACCACACUGUACAAAAGGUCUUCUAUUGCUCUAGAAUUAUUUGUACAGGUUCUAAUUUAGUAUUGUUCAGCAAAAUCCAUUUACACAAAUAUAUACACUCUUCUCUUUUUCUGAACUCUGAUCUUUUUUACUUAUUGACUUGUAUAUGCAUAAACCAUAAAAAAUAAAUGUGGAACAAUGAAUU